GGACAGGCAUAGGCCGCGCCGGCGGGCGGCGGCGGCAACUUGGUCAGCGACCGCCGCCGCACGUCUACCGCCAGUUCGUUCCCCUCGACCGAGGAAGUUAGGAGAUUUUUAAGGUGGAAAGGAACAGGAUGAUUUACGGAGAUUCAGAGCCAUCUGCACAAUAUCGAUGAAGAAGGAUUUUCGGGACUACAAGCACACUAGCAGCUGAACAAAAGUGGUGAGGAUGCCAUCACUCCCCCUGCGGUGAAACUCCAAUCAGAUUGGAUGAUCAUAGUUAUUAAGCAAAUAAAUACCUGGACAUACUCAACCAUGAUCUUUCAUAUGUCAUCUGAUAAGGGAACAAGCUUUGAUUCUGUUAAAUCUAAGCUAGUUAGCAGAAACAAGGUGAGAACCUCGUUUAUUGAUGGGGGUUAGCAAAAACAAGCCUUGAGUUGAGUUACGGUUCCAUUCAAUUGAAGAUCUAUUCAAGCCACCAUGAUUCUUUGGUGGCCAGCUGUGUCUUCAGGUCUGCAACAUGACGUCUGGUUUUAAGGAGCUUACAUUACUUGGUUAUAACCUCGCACUGCAUUAAACAAAUUACCCCUUGGUAUAUUUGAUUCAAAACAGUAAGAUGAUAAUGUUGGGGAAACGAAUCUCAUUCCCACCAGUAGUUCGAUCAGAAGUUUCAUGUAGGUGGUGACUCAUGAUUUGCCAAAACAACUGAAGAAUGGGCUCCACGACACAGGAUAUUUAGAAGAUGGUGACAACUAAAGCAAUGUUGGGGGUACUUUGACUGGGGCAGCUCUGGUGUCAUGGUCGUGUUAGGGAGGUGUCCGGCAGCUGUCUCGAAGAAGCCUUCGAGGCCCUGUGUGUCGCUUCUUCGUCAUUCUUGGCUAGAGGCUGGGCAAGGCGAGUCUCAUGCCUUCGCGUUCCGAAGUAUGGGCUGUGUCCACACCUGGUUGUAGACCGUCUCAUGCCUUCGUGCUUUCUUUUCUUUUCCUGGCCUUGCCAAAACUUGGUCCCUCGUGCUUUCUUCUUAUGAAAUGAUCUGCUCCCAGGCAUGUUCGAGAGAAAAAUGCUAAAGUAUAAAGAAAAAUCUCAAUGGUUUAGGACUCAGUCAGAACUGACUGUCAAAGGCUGGUUUAGGCGUUAAACAGACAAGGGGUUAAGAAGCAUUUGAGCCAAAAAGCUACACAGGUAUUUUUCUUUCAUUGGCUUUGGCAAGACACUUGUUGUACUGUAGCUAUCUGGGUUUGUAAGAUCCUCAUGUCCCUGUUCUUUCCAGAUAUUCCAAAUUGUAGUGCACAGGACCGUACUAUUUUAAGUCUCUCCUCUGGUCCCCGCGCAUCGCUUUUCGCGUGCUGCUGCCCCCGUUUUUGUUUUCCUCACUGGUAUAGAUAGAUAUCUUCCCAGAAUAAUUGGUUUCUAUCUAUUCGAAAGGACGAAAUGUCCAAGUUGCUGCCAGCAGCGUUGAUGGAUACGUCUGAGUUAAUAACACGUUCCAAAUCAACUGCAUAUAUUCAUGGGAAGGUGAUCUAACAGUGGGAGUUGAGGUUUUUCAGCAACUUAUGCCAAAUAUGAGUAAUUAAAUAUCAUAUAUUUUGUUAGUUGGCAGUCAACACCUGCAGAUCUAAGUCACUUUUGCAUAACCUAGCAGUGGAAGCAUCCAAAUGAUUAAAAACAAGGGAACAGCAGGCAUGUCCUAUUAUUACUAGUUUUAUGAUUUGAAACAUCCAAAUUAUCUGGCAGCUCUUGUGAUUUUCCAAUAUUGGUGAACCCAAAGCCACCAAACACUGCUACAGAGAGAGAGAGAGCCUUUGACCCAUUAGUGUGUUGCAGCACAGAACUAGAGAUGCUUUCUGCUUGCUUACCCCACCAACCACAUCAGAGUUAGCUCAUCUCCCUCUUGACCAGUUUCUCUCCAUACACCACGUAGGCCUGUCUUACCUUGCUAUAAAGCCCAUGCAGAACGAGAAACUUGCCACAAAAACAUCUGAACCUGAACCAUCCAAGCACAGAAACAGCUAAAACUAGUUUCAGGAUGGCUACAGCUGCAUUGUGCUUCAGGGCGUCUGCUCUCUCCAUGGCCUGUUUUCUCCUGGCCGUGCCAUUGUUGAUGGCACAGGACCCUUCGAACCUGAGCCUGGAGCACUACUCCAAGACAUGCCCGAAUGCGGAGCAUGUGGUCCGUGCCGAGAUGGAGUGCGCGGUGCGUGACGAACCACGCAAUGCCGCUUUGAUGCUCCGCCUCCAUUUUCACGACUGUUUUGUGCAGGGCUGUGAUGGAUCGGUGCUGCUUGACGACACUGCAACCAUGAUCGGAGAGAAGCAGGCAGACCAGAAUGUGAACUCGCUGAAAGGAUUUGAGGUGGUUGACAAAAUCAAGGCAAAGCUGGAAGCUGAGUGUCCUGGAACAGUUUCCUGUGCUGACUUGCUUGCCAUUGCAGCCAGGGACGCAGUUGUCUUGGUUGGUGGGCCUUACUGGGAUGUUCCAGUAGGAAGAUUGGACUCCAAGGAGGCAAGUCUUGACCUAGCAAACAAGGAUAUCCCCACCGCUGAGCAGGGUCUCGUCACCCUUAUUUCCAAGUUUUGGGAGAAGGGCCUUGAUGCCACUGACAUGGUGGCCCUUGUCGGAUCCCACACGAUUGGAUUCGCCCGGUGUGCGAACUUCCGGGACAGGAUAUACGGCGACUUCGAGAUGACAUCCAAGUACAACCCUGCUUCUGCGACCUACCUCAGCAAGCUCAAGGAGAUCUGCCCCAUGGAUGGUGGCGAUGACAACAUCAGCGCCAUGGACAGCCACACUUCGUCGACCUUCGACAACGCCUAUUUUGAGACGCUCAUCAAGGGCGAGGGCCUCCUCAACUCUGACCAGGAGAUGUGGUCCAGCAUCGCCGGGUACUCAACGGCUGACACGGUCAACAAGUAUUGGGCUGACCCUGCGCUGUUCUUCAAGCAGUUUUCGGACUCCAUGGUCAAGAUGGGCAACAUCACCAACCCUGCAGGUGGUGAGGUCAGGAAGACCUGCAGAUUCGUGAACACAUAAGCUCAAGGGACCUUUGUUUGCGCCUUCUCCUUUGAUGGUUGAUGAUUGUCUGCAAAUAAGAACGUUUUUCAUAGUAUAUACUCUACUGUAUAGGUAUUAUCGUCGUUGCGCUACACAAAAAUAUUUUGGCUGUAUGGAGUAAUGGAGAAUAUAUAUCAUGUAUUUGAGGGUUUUGCACAGCCUGUUAUAUGUACACAUCAGCAAUGGAUUCUGAUCAGAUUUUA